CGAAAGUUAAAUUUUCUUUUAAAAUUACAUUUUACGAGUUCAGAGUCUUUUCGUGUGAAAAUAUUUUUCAAUCGUUAUUUAAUACGUGUGUUCAAGCUAACAGGAUCAUAGACUCGACGCUGCAAAUCAUGAAUUUCAAAAAGCCACACAGCCAAUAUAUCUAUACAACUUGCGUUACCAUGCAAACGAAAGGCACAACAAGUGUCGCGCCACGCGCCAAACAAAACUCAGCAGAGUGAACCGACUUGUCGAAGCGAAUAUUUUAGUCAGUGUCAUUUGACAAUCGCAAAAAUUGUAAAAGAACCGAAACUCUAGCUCGAUACUCGCGAGAUUUAAUUGUAAAAUCAAAGAUCAUGGCUGCGUUGAUGGACAGCAAUCGGGCUUACGCGGGUUACAACGACUACUCGACUUCGGACGUCAGCCAAGAGGAUUAUUUUCGCGAGGUACGCAGAAGCAGUUAUGGCCCUCGGCUCGUUGCAACGCCGAAAUUUCCCAACAGCGUAAUGCGGCUGGGAACGUCGUCAGGAUAUCAACGUAGCGGAACGGCGGGACGUCCCGGGACCGGGCUGCUGCGACCGAUGACGGCGGUUCGCGGGGCCGGCUACUCGAGCGCGGCUCGUCAGAGCUUCGAUCCGCUCAACAUGAGCAGCGCGUCGCGCCAUCAUCCUCUGGACGCCGAGAAAGAGGAAACACCCGAGGACAAGAUCAAGCAGGCCGAGCGCCGCAUCAUGACGCUGAUCGAGGAGUCGGCGAGGGCCGCCUGCGAGAAGAAUUACAAGGUGGCCCUGGAGCGGGCUCGCGAGGCCUCGUCGCGGGAGCGGGCCCUCAUCAGGCUCCAGGAGCAGGCCGGCCUCAGCGACAGUCACAAUAUCGACUUGACUUUUGCGGUGAUCUUCAAUCUGGCCUGCCAGUACUCCAACAGCGAGCUGUACACCGAGGCCAUAGCCACGUACCAGGCGAUCACGCGCAAUCGCAACUUCAGCAACAGCGCCCGGCUCAAGGUCAACAUCGGCAACGUCUACGCCAAGAUGGCCCAGCCCUCGCAGGCCGUCAAGAUGUAUCGCAUGGCCCUGGAUCAAACGACCACCGCUCAGAAGCACCUCAGAAUCAAGAUAAUGCACAACAUCGGCAUGCUGUUCGUGCAGAUGGGCCGCUUGGAGGAGGCCGCGAACAGCUUCGAGUGGGUGAUGCGCGAGAAGCCCGACCUCAAGGCCGGCAUGCACGCGAUCCUCUGCCACUUUGCCCUCUCGCACGAGGACCAGAUGAAGAAGGUCUUUCUCGAGCUGCUCGACGUCCCGCUGCACAUCGAGCACGACGACAAGUACAGCAUCAACACGGACGAUAUCGCGGCCAACAUCCUCAACGAGGUCGUCAAGAACGACGAUCUGUCGAAGCUCGAGCGAGAAUUGAAGGCGAACGCAGAAAAGACGAUCCUCAACGCGGCCAAUCUCAUCGCUCCCGUUAUAGAGGACACCCUAGCCGGAGGCUUCGCUUGGUGCGUCGACGCGAUCAAGUCCUCGUCCUACGCUCCGCUCGCUGCCAAUCUCGAGAUCAACAAAGCCAUGGUUUUCUUGCAUAAUCGCGAGGUUCGCAUGGCCAUCGACGCCCUCAAAGUUUUCGACAAUCAGGACACGAAGAUCAACAGCUCCGCCUCGACUGUUUUGUCCUUCAUACACUUUCUCCGCGGUGAGUACAAUCAAGCGGAAACUUACAGCGAUGCGGCGAAAAACGCCGAUGGUUACAACAUCGCUGCGUACGUCAAUUUAGCAGCUUGCUCGAUCAUGAAAAAUCGCUUGGACACGGCCAAAGAAUAUUUGCUCUCUGCUCUGGAAAACGAUCCAACUCACGUUCAAGCUCUUUAUAAUUUAGGUUUGGUUUACAAAAGAAAAAACAUGCUCGAAGAAGCUCUGGAGUGCUUUUGGAAGCUCAAAAACAUCGUUCGCUACGAUCCUUUGACACUCUACCAAAUUGGUCACAUUUAUCAGUUGAGCAAUGAUGUAGAAAACGCAUCGGAAUGGUACAAUCAACUCUUGAGCAUUAUACCAUCAGAUCCUGGGGUGCUGAAAAAAUUGGGUGAAAUGUUCGAUAACACUGGAGAUAAACAACAGGCCUAUCAGUACUACAGUGAUUCUUACAGAUUUUAUCCAGCAAAUUUUGAUGUCAUUGAUUGGCUUGGAUCAUAUUUUAUAUCGAUGCAGGUUGCAGAAAAAGCUCUUGUUUAUUUUCAAGAAGCUGUUGAAUUAGCACCAACUGAACCCAGGUGGCGUUUGUUAGUUGCAGCAUGUUUGAGAAGGAUAGGAGAAUUUCAUAAAGCCUUAGCUGAGUAUCAAGACAUACACAAACAGUUUCCAGACAAUAUUGAAUGUCUAAAAUUUUUAGUUCGACUAUGCAGCGAUUUGGGUCUGAAAGAAGCUCAGUUUUAUGCAACUGAGCUACGAAAAGCAGAAAAAAGUAAAGAAACUAAAGAAAGAGUUGGAUCAGGAAGACCAGGAACAACAAAUUCAAGAUUGAGUAAUAGUGAUGCAUCUUCAAGGGAUGGUUCAGGUUUGAGUACAAGAACUAGUCCAAGAACACACGGUGACAGUGUUCAAAAUGGUAUAGGAAGUGCACACAAUCAUCGCUUGCUAAGGACUGAUUCUGAAUAUACAAAUAACUCAGAUUCCCAUUACAUUGACCCAGUGGGUCCAUUACCAGUCAGACCAAUGACUGCCGCAGGAAAAAGAGAUGACGAUUUUGGAGAUGAAGAAUUGGGAGCUGAACUUUUACCCGAAUAA